GCAGGCGCCUGCGCAAAGGGGCACGCAUGCGCAGAGAGGUGAGCUCGCUGACAGAUUCUUGGUGGUGGCGGCGGCCCUGGACUGCGGGGAAUGGGAGUCCUAAGGCCCUGACUGAGCACCGCCCCCGCCUCCCUGUCCCCGACAUGGCUCAGGAGAAGAUGGAGCUGGAUCUGGAGCUGCCUCCGGGUACGGGCGGGAGCUCGGCGGAGGGCGGCGGCACUAGCGGCGGCGGGGGCCUCAGGAGGUCUAACAGCGCCCCCCUGAUUCACGGCCUCAGUGACACUUCGCCGGUGUUCCAGGCCGAGGCGCCGAGCACCAGGCGGAACAGCACAACGUUCCCGAGCCGCCACGGCCUGCUGCUACCGGCCUCCCCUGUCCGCAUGCACAGCAGCCGCUUGCACCAGAUCAAGCAGGAGGAGGGCAUGGACUUGAUCAACAGAGAGACGGUCCACGAGCGGGAGGUGCAGACCGCAAUGCAGAUAAGCCACUCCUGGGAGGAAAGUUUCAGCCUGAGCGACAACGAUGUGGAGAAAUCCGCCUCUCCGAAGCGCAUCGAUUUCAUUCCUGUGUCACCAGCACCGUCACCCACUCGGGGAAUUGGGAAGCAGUGUUUUUCACCAUCCUUGCAAAGUUUUGUGAGUAGCAAUGGAUUGCCUCCAAGCCCUAUUCCCAGCCCAACGACCCGAUUUACUACCCGGAGAAGCCAGAGUCCCAUCAAUUGCAUUAGACCAAGUGUUCUUGGACCAUUAAAAAGAAAAUGUGAAAUGGAAACUGAUUACCAGCCAAAGAGAUUUUUCCAGGGCAUCACCAACAUGCUUUCUUCUGACGUUGCACAGCUGUCAGAUCCCGGUGUGUGUGUAUCUUCGGAUACCCUUGAUGGAAACAGCAGCAGUGCCGGAUCUUCUUGUAACUCACCAGCGAAAGUCAGCACUACCACCGACUCUCCUGUGUCGCCCGCCCAAGUGGCCUCUCCAUUUAUUCCACUAGAUGAACUUUCAUCUAAGUGAUUCACCCAUCCUGAGACUGAUUUUUUGCAAUGGAGAGAGAGAAUAAUCAAGUUGGAGCAAGCACUGAACUUUGUCAAUUAAUUUGAGGCUAUUUCCUAUUUGACCCUUUUUCUUUUUUGGAAUUUCCUGAUAUGUUGUUAUUCUAGAGAACUUAUAUGUCAGGUUCCUGCGGAUACCUUUGAAUUCAGUGUAGUAAUAUUUUCAGACGUUUUCCCAAUAAGUGUGUUGAAGCAUACAUCUUUAUGCUGCUAAUAUGUCUAAAUACAUAUGUUAUCCCUUGAUUUUUUUAAAUAAUUGAGAGCUCUAUUUAUUUAUGGGAUUAUUAAGUUCUGAUGAAAAUAUAAAUGUUGAAUUAAUCAGCAUAGUAAACUGAUGUUUUAAAAUUCCAUA